AUGGGGAACCAUUUUAGCUCCUGGCGUCCAUGUCAUUCAUCCGGUGGAGCUGGGAACAGUGAGACACAUUGCCCUGAUCCAGCGCCGCAUCAGGCUAUCGUCUUGGAUACAACCUCAAGCAAUUUGUAUUCGAUGAGCAUAGGAUUUGAUGAAGAGCCAGAGAGUAACGCCAGUCGAGCUAUAUCAAUAGGCCGGAGUUCUUUGCCCGGUGUCCGUGCUAUGGGCGCGGCUAUAGCGGUGCCUAAGUCUGGUAUAGUUUUGGAGUUGAUUAGCAAUUCUCAGUUUGUUUUAAGGUUCGGGUAUACGUCUCGGGUACCCGUUACGGUUACCUUUUUGUUCCGCCAGCUUCACCAAGGUCUGAAUAAUGGUAUUCCGAUCUUUUCAUCACCUGAACUGAAGCUUGGUCCUUUCGAGUUGCCUGUGGGUGAUAAGUUGACCUAUCGUCUGGACCCUGCUGAGGUAUCUCGUCAUAAAAAGCUUACUCUUUCGUAUUGCUCUUUUCAGCGAACGCACAAAUUUGUCCCUAUUCUUUUAUUGUUUGAAUCGAAGAAUGCCGACUAUGUCCUUUAUAUUAUGGGCGGUUUGACUAAUACUGAAGUGCACAAUGAGUGGAGCUUCGUGGUGACUAAACAGCGUGUUCGCCAGGGCAAGAUUGGUUACGAGCUACAAGAGGUGUAUGGUCUAAACGCCUCAGCUUUAUCUCGUCCCGGAGAUAGUACUGAUGAUAGCGACAAUCAGCAGUGUCGUUGUGUCGUUUGUUUGACUAAUAUGAAGGACACUAUAAUCAUGCCUUGUCGGCAUAUGUGCCUCUGUCAUGAGUGUGCUUCUGCUAUGGCGCACAACCAUCAGUUUUGUCCCAUAUGCCGUCGUCAAAUAUCGCACAUAUGCCAGAUUUCGCAGGCCGGUGGUCCUUGA